GAUCAAAGCCUAGAGGUCAGAGGUCAGGCCUGGGGCUGUGUCUCCCUGUCAGACGUCCUCCUCUUGGUGGAAGUGAAGUAUGAUGUGGUGACACACUUGCUUUAUACAGAAAUGCUCCAGGAGCACCACACUCCGAUUAUCUGGGAGACCCUGCUGCCAUGGCAACAACAUGAGGAAGAGGAGGGGCUGGGGGAUCUCGCAGAUGAGGCUUUGGAGUCAGGUGACAUGCUUCAUUUGGCUGAGCUGCCAGGAGCAUUCAGGAUAUACAGGGCCUGCCUCAGAAGCCACCCAGAGUCAAGGGAACCGUCUUGGUCUGCAGUUUCCUUCCUGUAUGAGUUACACACAUUUCGUCAACGUGAAAAAGACACACUGACAGUCCUGGGUGAGAGGCUGGACAGGAACAGCCUGAGACUGUUGUGUCUAUACAUCAAUUUGGCAACUCUCAAAGCUCAGAGAGAAAAGAUGUCCUACAGCGCUCUUCUGGCAGCUCGGCAGUCCUGGGAGACAUGGCCACAUGUUACGAGUCCUUGCAGAGCGGAGCAGGCGGCCCUGUGGCUACAUGGUGAAGAGGAAGAGCAAAAGAGAGACUUUAUCUCAGUAUCACCACAGCAGGCGGUGCUGCAGUUGCUGGUGCUGACUCAGGAGCAGGAGAGGAAGCACCUGGUCAAAUUGGCACACGGGGUCUCCAUAGAGGAUUUGCAAGAGCCAGGUUGCACACUUUCUCCAAAAGAAGAUACUGUAAGAAAUGGCUGUAUAAAAAGGCUGAGACAAAUCUACGCCAGCCUGGAGACAAACAAAGAGGCACAAAGUCCCUUAAAACAAAUAAACCCCCAGUCCCAUGUAAGCAGUAAACCAGCAAUGUGGUACCAACACCAGCUGGAGGAGUGCUCCCUGCUCCUGUUGAAUCAUGUGAUGGCGCUCCAGGAGAUCCAAGCUUCUGCAUUACUGCCAGCACUGAUGGACAAGAGUGCACAGUGUGUCCAGGCUCUGCGAGAUGACUUUGAAUCUGAACUCCGAGCACAUCGCUACACCAACCUACUCCAACUGAACUCAGAUGCCCCUCUUACUUCAGGCUCUAUUCUCGCUCCUUAUCCAAACUUAACCAAAAAUAGCAUUAUUGAGCAAAUCACAGCUGAGUCCUGCUGCAGCGGACCAGACGAUGCUCAAAACAGCAGCGGUGGGCCAGCUGAAGCUCCUACGGUGGAUUCAAUCAGAAGAGAACUGAAUUUGGUGCAAGCUGCAGAUUGGAUUGACAAACAGGACGUCUGUUCAGGUUGUGGAGCAGUCAUGGAGGACCUGCCAUACUUGGAGAUCAUGUGUGUGUCGGAUGCAACACGUAGUACUCAUCAGAGUCUUGAUGCAGACAGAGGAGCCCAGGAAAAAGAAGUGGGAAGUGCAACAAACAGCCCCCAAAGUUAUGAGAAACAGGGCUCACUCAUCACCCUCGCUUGGAGCAAACCACCAGAGGACGACACUGACUGUGAGGCAAAGGCUGCAGUUGGAGACACAGGACUGAUCCAGGUUGUGCAGUCAAGUGACACAAGCAGUGCAGCUGAACACACACUGUGUGAGGACACUUCUGGGGAGAGUGACAGAGAACAGAUGAAACCCACUCAUUUCCACUCUGAUUUGACUGGCCAGCCUGCAGACCAGCAGUGUAGCAGAGAAGGACAGUUCACGUUGGAGGAGAGAGGAAUACCUGUUCAGCCAGAGAAGGGACAAGCUGAACGUGCUCAGCAAACUCAUGCUUUGGUGGCAGAGAACUUGCAUGUUGACCGUCAUGAGAUAAAGCAUCAUGCUGGUGACUUCUGCCCUGAUCUGAUGAAUGAGACAGCCAAUGUGGACAGAGACGCUCUUGAGGUGGAAAUGUGGGACCUGAGAGAGCCUGAAUCUGCUCACGAUGAGGACCAGAAAUAUAAUUCACAAGUUGACUGUAACCCUGCACAGAGGAGUGAAUCCACACUGACAGAGAGAGAGCAUGCAAGAGAACCAGUCUCAGCGAUGGAGAGGGAACAAACAAUGCGCAACCUGGUGGACAUGCAAAGAAAAGUCGAACAGAGGCAGCAGAGAGAUAAAGAGAGACAACUGCUGAGGAUUCAGGAACGUCUGUCGAUCAUCCAGAACAGGAAGGCAGAAGAAGACUUGCUUGGCCUGAAACAUACAGAGCGGCUAAGGCACCUCACACAGGAUCUACCACAGGAGGAUAAGAACCAGCAGAAGACAGUUGUCAGAGAGCGACUGGAACAGCUGAGAAGAGAGCGCUCUUAUGUGAUGCAGUCCAAACGAGACCGGAACACUGCAGGAUUUAAGGAACUCCUGGGUCCAGUGGCUCUCGACAGCACAGAAACAGAUGUAGCAGACUGAGAAACUACAGCUGCCCAAAUUUAUGUCUCACUGGAACUUUUAGUUCACAAUUGUUAUCUGACAAAUUUAAGUCCCCCCCCCCCCCCCCCUUUUUUUUUUAAAAACAAAUGACAGUAUCAUUUAAUUAAAAAAUAUUAGACCCUUGGCUUACAUUAGGGAUUAUGUAGAUCAAACACUAAAUUAUGUCAAAAUUUAAGCAUUUUUCAAGGAACAUAUUCAAAUGCAAACAUAUUCCUGAAAUAUGAACAUGACUGCUGAAAUUAAGGAUGUUACAAACUUUCAAGACUGUAUGAACCCAAUGUAAUAAAUGUUGUGAAUGCA